AUGGACAAGGGCUCCCUGCAAGACGAUCAUGAGCGAGCCAUGAAAGAUGAACAGCGUUUCCAUCGCCUCGGCUGGAAGCGCCUUACCAUCGUGCUAAUUGUACAAUCUAUUGCACUGGGUAGCCUGAGUCUGCCAGCUGCAUUCGAAACGCUGGGCAUGGUGGCUGGGGUCAUCUUGACUCUCGGAUUGGGAGUCAUCGCCAUCUAUGCCAGCUACAUUAUCGGGUUAGUCAAGCUGAAGUAUUCGCACCUGCCGCAUAUUGUGGACUUUGGCCGCCUGCUUCUGGGAAGCAUUGGUGACAAAGUCCUGGCCGUCGCUUUUGUGGCCCUCUUGACUAUGACCGUCGGCUCGCACUGUUUAACAGGGAAGCUAGCCCUAGCGACUAUCUCUGGAAGUAGUAUGUGCGGUCUCGUCUUCAGUAUGGUCUCCGCUGUUAUCCUCUUUGUUUUUGCCGUGCCCCCUACCUUUGCAGAUAUCUCCAUUCUGGGAUAUAUCGAUUUCGUCUCCAUCAUCGUGGCCAUUGGGAUUGUCAUGACCGCCACCGGACUUCAACAUUCCCACGACACGACCGUAGCGUCAGCCGCGUGGUCGGCCUGGCCCAAGGAACAGUUGACUUUCAGCGAGGCAUUCGUUGCCAUUUCCAACAUUGCUUUUGCCUACGCCUUUGCUGGGGCCCAGCCUACCUUUAUGGACGAAAUGCACACCCCGAGAGACUUUACCAAGUCCAUCACCACGUUAGCCCUCACACAAAUGACCAUCUACACCGUCACAGGGGGUGUGAUCUACGCAUUCGUAGGACAAGGGGUCCAGUCUCCCGCGCUGCUGUCUGCCAGCCCUCUGAUUGCUAAGAUCGCCUUUGGUGUUGCCCUGCCUGUCAUCUACAUCUCAGGCGCCAUCAACGCCACCAUCGCCGCGCGUUUUAUGCACGGUCGUAUUUUCCAAGGGUCCACAGUACGGUUUAUCAACACUCCCAUGGGAUGGGUGACAUGGCUCGUAAUCGUGGCCUGCAUCAAUGUCAUUGGUUGGAUUGUCGCCGAGGCUAUCCCUUUCUUCUCCGAGCUGCUUUCGAUUUGUGGCUGUCUGCUGGUCUCAGGCUUUUCCUUUUACCUCCCGCCCUUGAUGUGGUUCUUCUUGCUCAAAGAAGGGGCCUGGUUCGAUCAGCACAACCUUCGCACUGCUGUCCUGAACUUGAUUGUUUUUGUGGUGGGAGUCACUAUCCUUGGUUGUGGGAUGUACGCAAGUGUGACUGAGGUGAUUGCUGCGUUUCAGACGGGGUCAAUCAAUCGUCCGUUUUCGUGCGGUACCUAG